UGGAAAUUCCGCUUAUAACCAGCAAAUUGACCCAAAUCUGAAGCAUAUCGAUCCCUAUUUCUCUCUCUCCUCUCCCCGAGCCGUCCCCGUCGCCCCAGACGCUGCCGCCAUCACCGAGACUUGGAGCACGCCGGCACUCCCGAGUCUGAUCCGAGCUCCAGCAACCCUGAUCUCUCUCUCCCUCUCCAACUCUCCGAGUCUCCGUCUUGUUCUGCUCCUCAGCGAGUGGCGACGGCUCGGUUGGCUCCUCGCGGCCUCGCCUCUUCUUCUCAUCAAUCAUCAUCUGGAGUUCUGCACUUCUGCUGUUCUGGGUGACUGGUUGAUGUUGAAAUGAAUUGAAUGAAUUCUUGGGUAUUGCUUAUUCCCUCUGGUGAUCAGAUUAUGGAUAGCCGCACUGCAAUUUUCGGAGCUGUUUGUGAGCACCAUGGUUCAUUUGCUUUUUGGGUUUUACAUAUUCAGCUUCGCCGUCGCCGGUGACCUCUCGGUGGCCUUGAAUGAGCUCGUGUAAGCCCAACAUCGACACGAAAGAGUUGGUGCCCAGUGAGACCUAGGCGGAGGCGGCCAAUGGGGCUCUGCCUUCUAUUGUUUUGGUCCAUGGGAUUUUUGGCUUUGGCAAAGGGAGGCUGGGAGGUUCGUCAUAUUUCGCCGGAGCUGAGAAGAAAGACGAGAGGGUUCUGGUGCCGGAUUUGGGAUCUCUGACCAGCGUUGACGACAGACAGAGACAAGUUCAAACUAGUACUCUACUCCAGUACUCUUCCUUCAAUCCCACAAUUCUUCUCUGCAUAUAUAAUUCUCCUUUUACUGUAUUUUGAUUUCACAACUAGUAAAAGCCUGAAAGCUCUUUCUCCUAUUGCUUUAUCUCCCAAUGGAAAAGGUCCCUAUACUUGUUCUUGUUCUCCUUUUGGUGCCAACAGCAACUGCUGCUAGAACCCAAGAUGGAUCAGAGGACUGGGGCUAUGUUGAAGUCCGACUCAAAGAACACAUGUUCUGGUGGCUUUAUAGAAGUCCUAACAGAGUUGAGGAUCCCUCAAAGCCAUGGCCAAUUAUUCUCUGGCUCCAAGGUGGACCUGGAGGUUCGGGAGUUGGGAUUGGGAACUUUGAAGAGGUUGGGCCAUUAGACACCAAUGUGAAGCCAAGGAAUUCAACGUGGUUGCAAAAGGCAGAUCUUUUAUUUGUGGAUAACCCAGUUGGAACCGGAUUCAGUUUUGUGGAGGACAACGCUCUGUUUGUGAAAAAUGAUGUGGAGGCAGCCACUGAUUUGACAACAUUACUAAAAGAGCUAUUCAACAGAAAUGAGAGCCUCCAGAAGAGUCUUCUGUUCAUUGUCGCAGGGCCGGCAAACUCGCAAGGCCGGCCCUGAUCCAAACUUUUCACAUUUCACUUGGAAUGUUGCAGCUUGGGCAGACAACGAAGAUAGUAGUACUUGCAUUGUUGAUGAUCAUGUACUAAUUUUUAUUCUAAUUAGCAUUGGUAUGAAAUGUCAAAAAUAUCUUGCUAUGAAUGUAAAGUUUGAAUAUUUUCGAUUGAGUUGUGGAUUUGUUCAUUUUAUUGUAAAUAUUUGUAGUA